AUGAAUGUCCCACUUCCAAAUCCAAUUAAUCUGAUAAAGAAGCUAAUUAGGCUUGUUAAGACUGGAGAUUCACAUAACGAUUCGAUACUUACAAGAAUUUUCAAUGAUCAUUCGACACCUGAUGUGCCGGUGGUAUUGAGAGUAGAGUCAUAUGACGGAACUGAUGUUUAUUUGUUUGACGGGUCUGAGGUUUAUAGGGGCGUGUUGUCGGAUAAUCACAUUAAGGCAGUGUUUGAGUCAAAGCAAGUGCGACCAGGCUCAAAGUUACUCCUGCAGGGAGUAAUUUUCAAUGAAAUUAAUGGCGAAUUCGUACUGCUCCUCAAUUUCAACUCCAUUUCCCUGGCCACUAGACGCUCAAUAGGAGUCCAGCCGAAAUACACGAACGUAAUCAUCAAAGAUUUGGUGGUAGGAGGAGGAAGAGUCUCAAGAGUCGAGGUUGUGGUUCUGAAAUACCUCCCGUUGGUGUAUAAGAUUUGGUACAAAUGCCCUGAAACCAUGGAAAAAAAGUGCCUUACACUUUCUGAAAAUGAGUAUCUUCAAAUUACACAAAACCCAGAAUCUGAAAUUUUAGGAACAAUUGAGAGUAUAUCAACAGUUUAUACAAUGUACGUUGUGGAUGCGUUGGUACUAAAUGAAAAUGCUCCACUCGACAGACACAAGUUUCUCCUUAAGUCAUUUCUCACGAUUACUCUCAAUAACGUUGAUGAUUCUAUAUCGUAUGUUUUGAGACCUCUGACAAGAUUUGUGUUGACUAAUACGAUGAUAACCUAUCACGCAAAUAUUGAUUUUUUCUACGAUAACCAACUUGAUUUUGAGCCAGUAAAACUAUCUAGCACACCUCAUAGUAAGCUUGAUGUCUUGGAAAGUAAUGUGAAGUUCCCAGAGUCACUGGUGAACAAAAGUGAAAUGUUAAAGAACAUUUUGGAUAAACAUCCAUGUCUAUCAGUGCCGGAGUCUAUUAGUGAGGAUGAAUAUUAUGAAAGAAUAAAAAUUAAACCUGAGAAAACGAGGUUAUUUCUGGGCCAGAUCUGUGACCUAAACGGAGUGGUUUUGCACGUGGAGGAGCUUGAGGAAUCACCAAAAUAUUGUUACUUCAGAGUCUAUAUGAGCACUACAAUGCUGAAUAUUGCGUGUAUAAAAGUUAGCUACAAAAAUGUGCAGGACCAGAAGAGUCAAUUCUCAAUUACACCGGAUAUCAAGAGUCUACAUAAGAGACUCAACGAUGCAGUUAUGACAGUAACGUCAAGCGGAUCUGGCCCGGAUUCGUCAGCAAAGGGGACCCAUCCAACCAUUUUUUAUACACUAUCAAAUUUGCAAUAUGUAGGACUGGAUGAGGAGUAUUCGAUAUAUAACUUUCACAUGAAUUCGGAUCAGAUAUCUCUGAGGGAGUGUUGUGUUUUAAAAAAACUACAAGAAUGUUUGGUUAAUAGUGGAGUAAUAUUGAAGGAAUCUGGCUUCCAGAUUUGGUUGCCUGGAUAUAAAUCGUUGGGAAGUACACAUGUUGAAAAUGCGUGUAAAAUAUUUAUCAAAGGAACGUUAUUUAACAUUGUGGAAGUUUAUAGACUAGUACAAUUUGAGUGUGUGUAUUUAAUUAUAAAUGAAAUGUUCUAUUUCACUUUGCUUCUGGUAGUUUCUUCUACUGUUUUUGCAAGCGACAGAGACACCAAGUUAGAGGCUAACCCAUACUCUAAGGUAAAGAUCAAAGACAAAAAACAGCUCUUGAAGAAGAUCUCGGAGAUUUUUAACACCGCAGCCACUGAGGAUAUUGCUAUUUUCUCAAGAGAUCUUCUAAAGCGCAAGUUCGGAAAAGACGAACUGCUGGAAUAUUCCUACGGGAAUCUCGAAAGAUCUCCUUUUGUAGGAAUACUUCCCCGGUGUGUCUGCAAUUAUUUGACUUGCAAUUUACCCAUUUGCGCUGCUCUUUGCUUUAACAACGACAUCCACAGCAAUAAAAUCUUCGAUUGUCUUUCCUGCUUUGGAGAGUGUAUUCCCAUGUUCUUACGCUGUAUUACUGGUGAUCAACAUUAA